AUGUCAGUGAAGGAAAAAGAGUUCUUCGGGCCGCUGACACUACAUCAAAAGACAGAAAAUCCGUCGAUUUUCAAAAGUGAGGAAUUAGUGGAAGUUUCUUGCCUUUUGUGCGAUGAAGUCUUUACCCUGCCUGAGCAUGAGAAGCAAUUGCUCACACAUUUGUUCAUGACACAUCGCCUGGUGAUUGCAGACGUCAACCAGAUAGCAGAUUUGAAGGAGUAUUUGCGGUAUUGGGGAUUCCGUUUUAAAGAUCAAAGUUUGCCGUACUUCUGCACCACAAUGUUGCUUGACAAUAAACCAGAUGGCACGAAGUCAAAGAAUGAAGAAUAUUACCUACUAAGUGAUGUCUUACCUGAAGACAAAGAGUUACGUACAAAUCUACAGCAAACCAGAUUAGAGAAACUAUUACAAAGACAUCAGUUUGAAAGAGAAGAUAAAAGCUAUGUAAGAGAAUGCCUGUUUUGUCGCAACAUCUCUACUACAACUAGAACAAAUUACUUAAACCAUUUGUAUGAAAAACAUAAUUUUCACAUUGCCAAACCAGACAACUUGAUAUUUAUUGAUGAAUUGGUUGAUAUGAUUGCAGCCAAACUGGAGAAUCUUCAGUGCAUUUUUUGUGAGGGCAACUUUAAAGACCGCACUAUACUUAAAGAACAUAUGCGUAAAAAAGGACAUAAAAGAAUUAACCCUGAAAAUAAAGAAUACGACAAGUAUUUUUUAGUCAACUAUAUUGGUGACAAACAGACUAAGCAAAACUAUAAACCACAAAGAAAAUAUAACAAUGUAAAGAAGUCAGUGGAAUUUGACAAUGAUUCCAAUGCAGACAGUGAUCCAGAGUGGUCUGAAUGGACUGAAGAACACGGUCCGUUAAUAACUUGUCUUUUGUGUGACCAUACUGAAACUGAGUAUGAUAAGAUUUUAGCACACUUGAAGCUACAACAUGAGUUUUCAUUCUUGAAAGCUACGGAAGGUAUGGGUUUCUAUCACAAAGUCAAAAUUGUGAACUACAUUCGUCGGCAAAUACAUCUCAAACAAUGUUUAGCUUGUGAAACUAAAUUUGAUGAUUCAAAAAAUUUAGAAAAGCAUAUCAAGGAAAUGAAACACUGGGUUUUAUCUAAGGAAAAGUGGGAUCAGCCUGAAUAUUAUUUUCCAACUUAUGAAGAUGAUUUGUUCCUUUGUUUUAUACAGGAUGAUGAUGAAAGCUGGUGGUCGAGUGAUGAACAUGAAGUUGAUAAAAGAAAUAGCAUGUCUGAUAAUAUAUCAAAAGAGAUGGCUAUGGCUGUGUUGAAUGAUUAA